UUUAGUAGAAAUGGCUACGGAAUAUCGGGCAGCUGUCAAUGACAUAUUCGUUUGCUUCGUGUAAAUUUUGUAAUGUUAAUAUUUCGAUUCCGUCUGUGCGACAAUGAAUAUGAGUUACACUAACAGAUAAUGAUUAUUCGUGUUUUUUGGCAAUUUUACUACAAACUGUAAUAGAGUUUAUGAAUAAAUCGUUGUGUAUUAUAUUAUAAUGGAGGAUCUCAAUUUGACAGAGACCGAAAUGAGAUAUUUCGGUGAUUUGUUUUUGUGCUGCGACGAGGAAUCCAACGGGAAAAUACCGAUUUUAAAGGCGACUGAACUAUUUAGAUCAUCCAACGUAUCCAAUGAUGUAUUACGACAGAUCAUGGAUAUUAGUGUAGCGCCUAAUACAUGCACGUCAUUAAAUCAUAUGAAUAGAAAGCAAUUUUAUUCAGCUCUCAAAUUGAUAGCCGCUCAUCAAACAAAUAUGUCCCUAAGACCAGAACUUUUAUCAACUCCCUUAGAUUUGCCAUUGCCAAGAUUUACAUGGGCACUAAACUGUGAUGCCAAUGCUGAUCUCAUACAGUUGUCUAAUUCACCGAAGGAACAGCAUAUAUCGAAACGAGACAGAAAUUUUGGUAGUAUCGCUGCAUACGAGCCAAUAAGAGUGCCAUCAAACCUCUCUGAUAGCGACGCUCCACAAACAAUGUCUCAUGAUAAUACAGAAGCUUUAAGUACUGACUCAGAGAUGGAGUCGGAGACAUUGUCACAAAGAUCUGGUUCACGUGGGAGACGUGUGAAGGCUGGUUCGCCGUGGAGUACGGCCAGUGAGAGUCCGACGCCCACUAACAGUGUAGCAGAACGUGUUCAUCCUGUGUGGGAACACAGCGCUACAGGACGAGGGGUUUGGCCCACUAACACCACCGAAGAGCACACUCGCUUAUUAGGUACGGAGGAAGAAUCUUCUGACCGUCACUCCUCGGAGGAGGAGGCUGAUGAUGCCGAUGUUUGUUCUAUGAGUGAAGCCCAAGCUAGACAUUAUGCUGCACAGUUUGCACAGCUGCGACCUGAAAGGGGUAUGCUGUCUGGACAAACGGCCAGACUUUUUUUCGAAAAAUCUCGCCUUUCGGUUUCCGAUCUGAGGAAAAUUUGGCAACUGUCUGACAUAACUCAGGACGGGAUGCUCAGUCUAGAAGAGUUCAGUAUAGCGAUGCAUCUGAUCGUUCUACGGAGAAACAAUAUACCAGUACCAGACGUGUUGCCGGCCUGCCUCGUGCCGACCGUCGACUCGCAUUUCACACAACGCGCUGUCACUACGGACUUAGUGGAUCUCGGCUCGGACAUGUUCAAUUCCGGGACCUCGGCUGACUUCAACUUCGCACCCAAACCGGAAAUCAACGACCCGUACGAAACCAAACCGGCCAAAAAACCGGAAGACCGCCAGCCGUCAUCGAGCCCACCGAAACCGGAACAUCAGAUCAACAACAAGGAGUGGACCAAAUUUGUCGAUUCCCCGACCUCCAGCGUAUCCAGCCCCGGGCCGAAGCCCGUCAAUUUUGACUUUCACAAGUCUGCCCUGGAGCGGGACCCGAAGAUCUUCCAUCCUGUAGCGUUGAGAGUAACUCCCGAGUCGACCGCCCUCCCGCACGACACCGACACGCGCUCCAGCACGUCCCCACGACGAGACGACUUCGUGCACGCCUUCGAGCUCGCCAGCCCCAAACGACUCAACUCACAACCACCAGAACAACCUAACGGAAAUUCCGAGAUCAAGUCCAUACAACGUCCACAGCCCAAAAAGCCGAUGAAGAGCGCGGGCGUACUGCCCCCGCCGCCCGCCCGCGACUCCCUCCCGCACACCGAGGAUCAGGGAACAUCAGCCGGGCCGCAGUCCCUUCAAUACGCACCACGAAAGGAACCCCCGCCCCCGCCCCCGCCGCGGCCCCUCAGGAACCACGCUCGCUCCAGUUCCUUGGACCUGAACCGCCUGAAGGGCCAGCCGUGCCAGUCCGCGGCUCCACCCCCUCAGCCCCCGCCGCGAAUGUCUCCCUCCGCGGUCCGUGACUACGAGCCUGAUGGUUUCGGUUACAAUCGCGACGACGCUCCCAAAAUGCACGGUGCCUUCGAAGUUUACCGCAAGCCGUCGAGGGAGCCGUCCCGCGAGGGCGACGACCCCGACGUCCGCGCGCUCCACGAACAGAACUCGGUGCUCCACCGAGUGUGCCGCGCGCUCGCACACGAGCUGGCCGACGCCCAGCGUGAGAAGGAGGCGCUGCGAGUGCGUCUGCAACCGCCUCAGACGACGCCGCAGACCUAGUCACGUCAGUACUGAGUCCUCUAUAGAACCUUUCUUUAUGUUCAUGGCUAAUAUCAGUGUCGAGUCGUGUGAGCGCUUGCAAGUGUCGCGAACGUCAUUAACAACGCCCCUAGUCAUGUUUGUGGCCAGCGAUCUCCGAAACCGGCGUCAUGGUGUCCCGAUUCAUCACUAUCCAAAGAUACGUUUAAUUAUUUUUUUUUUCUAAAAUGUAUAUCAACGAAAACAAAACUACGACAUUAUUGUGCGAUGCCACGAAAAUUAAAAAAAAAAAAUAAUCAUAUUAAUUAUACUAUGGUUUCAAAUACAUAUAUCCUUAACUUUUGUAUGGAAUAUAAUCGUUCAGUGCUAUAUAAUGAUGCUGAGAGUAAAAAUAUUCCAAGAUGAAAUCUACGAAGUAGUUUUUCAUUAUAUUUAAUAUCCUAGUUGGUCAGUGUAUAGAGGCUAAUGUGUUUUCAUGUAAGAACUAAAUAUUAUAGUCAUUUAUUGAAAUGCGUUACGAUUAUAUAAUCUGGGAUUCGGAAAGCUACGUUUUAUUAUAGCGAAUAGUGGUGUAGCGUUACGAUUUUAAUAAUAUCGAUAAAUAAUUGGUUCACUGAAUAACUACCUCAAAAAAAAUUACAUCACUAUCGGCUUGGCGAGUCUUCACUGAAUUUUACCAUCAUAAAGCCGUUCAAAUUAUUAUUAUUAUUUUUUUUUAAUAAUCUUUAAUUAUUUAACGUAUCAACUAUCAAUACUUUUUAAUAUAUUCCGUUACUAUACUAGGAAUGUACUCAAAGCACAUAGAAAAUACAAAGUUAUAGCAUUUAUGUAUUUUUAUAUACAAAUCCCGCUUUGGCAUAUUUAAUUAUAAGUAAUUAUUUUUUAUAUAUAAAAAAAUGGCGCUAGUAUUGCUUGAAUCGCAUUCCUCGUUUCUUUGUAAAAAAAAAAAUACAAUUAAAUAAGUAUCUAAAAUAUGUGAAUGUUUAUUACCUUUAGUGAUAGCUUCUGUAAAUGUAAAAGACUUGAAGAUUUUGAGACGUGGUUUACAUGGGAUUUGUGAUUUUUAUGUAGAUAGGUAAUGCUUGUCAUCUUCGUCGUUAAAAAUGUUGUAUGAAAAAAAAAAAACAAAAAGUUUUAAUUUUUAUUUUAAUGUGGCAACUUCCUUAUUAAAGUAAGCGGCGAGCUAGAACAUUAUGGAUAGCUUAGUCAACAAAGUGUGAAACAACUUGUAUAAUAUAAGUUUAUUAUAAAAGUAUUUAUCGUUUUAUUUUAUUGGUAUUUUAUAAGAAUAUCGUUGUUAAUUUAAUCUGUUGAUGCUGUGUAAAUAUUUUUUUUUUAUCUAACCUGUCGCAUUCUGGUAUGUACUAAGCUUUACGACCUCACAUAUAUAUAUUUCGGUCCAAUUUUUUGUAAAACUAAUGAAGUUCACCAUUAUAUUUACCUAUUUAUGUUAAAACUAUACAGUAAUGCAUAUUAUUGUAGUAAAUUAUGUACAAUAAAAUAAUUUAAAAAUAAA